AUGAUUUUUCAGCGUGAGGUUAUUUCCAUUCACAUUGGCCAAGCUGGCGUGCAGAUCGGGAAUGCAUGCUGGGAGCUGUAUUGCCUCGAACAUGGAAUUCAGCCCGAUGGACAAAUGCCGUCGGACAAGAGUGUCGGCGGCGGAGAUGACUCGUUCACGACGUUUUUUUCGGAGACAGGAUCGGGCAGACAUGUGCCACGAGCCGUAAUGAUUGAUCUUGAGCCGACCGUCAUCGUUGCACCGGUAUAA